GACACAUUUUAUUUUGACAGUGCGUGAAAUUUGGAGUCUAAAUUAUUUUUGGAAAAUUCUUUAAAAAAUUUUGCUUCGGCUUUGAAAUUCAUAAUAUUUAAAAAGUCAUUACAAAAAUUAAGAUGUGUCAAUGAUGACAAUAGUUCAUCAAUCAUCAGUAAUUCAAAAUGUUUAAAUCUUAUCCCGAUGUCAUUGCAUUACGUGACCAAGAGAACGAUUAUGAUAUAAACUGGGAAGAAAUAGCAAGGUGGGCAAUUGAACAUGGCGAUGCCAAUGACAGUCCGGAUGAUCGUUGUGGGGCUGCGAAUGCCCAACUUGAUUCGCCAGGUAUCGAUUGGUGCAAGGUUGCGGAUUCAUUCAUGCGAGAAGAAGUCGAUGAAAUGGAUACAAAUGCUUGUGACCCCAGUUUAUUGAAUUCAACGAUCAACGAAAAUCGAUCAGUACAUCUGCCAGAGGAAAAAGAAUAUUGCCGGAACAAUUGGCAAAGAAUAGUAGCCGAUGUCGAAGAGAACUUACCUGAAAAAUAUUGGGAUCAUUCGCGAAGGGAAAGGAAAUAUAAUUAUUCGCAAUAUAUGCGAAGAAAACGACCUGACCUGAUGAAUCGAGCAUGCGAGAGAAAUCGUUCACAUCGUACACGUGGAUCAUCUUUGUUUGAUGAUUCAAGUGAAAUACGACCACCGGAUAUGUCAUCACGUGAUUUUUCGUGUCUGAAUGCAUCAUUCAUGCAGGAUACCACUUCACAGCCAAAAUCUGAUAUCCUGGAUUAUUUGGAAGCUAAUUAUUCUAACGUUAGACCUCAGAGUAUUAUGGAAGGCUAUCAUUUUCCAGGGCGAGCAUAUGAUACAAGAGUUAGACAGUGUGAUGCUAAAGUUUAUAUGAGCACCCCAAAAAAACAUAGAUCAACUCUCACAGAAUCGUUUGAAAUGGUUGAUGGUUCGAAAAUGUUUAACAUUACUUUGGAGGAAGUCUUGGAAAUAGGACGACAGUUAAAACAUAUAACAGAGGUUCGCGAUUGUAAUGGCUGCGAGAUAAUUCAUAUUGAGAGAGAUAUUAAUACGGAUAUGAGAGGAGUUACACACAGAAAAGAAAAAGUUCGAAGAUAUCUUGAUUCCGAUUGAUAAAAACAAAUAUGAUGAAAAUGUAUGAAAA